AUGAGUUCUCCUACUAUCGUCACCGCGCUCGUGGGCCUCUGUUCCGCCGUGGCCGUUGCAAGUCUGGUCGAGGACUUGCUCUCGCCCCUGCGUAGCGUGCGAGGCCCCUGGCUGGCCCGGUUCAGCUCGGCCUGGUUUGCCUUCAAGACCUGGCAGGGCUCGUUCCAUAACGUCAACCUUGAUCUGCACCGACAAUACGGGCAAAUCGUCCGCUACGGACCAAAUCGCUACAGCAUUGGCGACGUCGAAGCGGUUAAAACAAUAUUCGGCCUGGGUUCGAAAUUCCCCAAAUCUACGUGGUACAUAGCCUGGUCCGACCCUGGCGAGCACAAUACCUUCAGCGACCGUUCCAUGAAGAGGCAUGCCCAGGAACGCAAAUGGGUCCAGGCGAGCUACGCCAUGUCUUCGCUGGUGCACUACGAGGCCUUUGUAGACAACUGUAUCAACCUACUGAAGGAACGGCUACAGGAAAUUAGCAGCUCUAGCAAGCCGGUCGAAAUGUGCCACUGGUUCCGAUGCUACGCAUUUGACGUUAUCGCCGUCAUCACGUAUGGCAAGCGCCUAGGCUUCCUCGAUCGCGGCGAGGACGUGGGUAGCAUGAUGGCGGCUAUCGACGGAGUUAUCGACUACAACUCGAUAACGGGCAUCUUCCCCACCAUGAAUCGGCUUGUGGCACCACUCAUCAAGCUUCUAUCUCCCGGUGCAGGUGGCGGGAGGGGGAGUCUGACCAAGUUUACGAAGGCGAGAACGCUCGAAGCGUCAGCAAAUCCAGAAGAGCCCAUGUCAGUGGACGGUGGCGAUGGCCCGCAGGCGCUCCCCCAGCUGAGCAAAUUCCUCGCCAAGCACGCGGCCGACCCGGACAACUUCACAAGUGACCACGUAGACCAACAGUGUCUGGUCAACAUCGCGGCAGGCUCCGACACGACCUCUAUCAGCCUCUCGGCCACGCUGUACUACCUCCUUAAGCGACCCGCUGCCAUGGCCAAACUGCGCGCCGAGAUCGACGACGCGACCGCCCGCGGCGAGCUCGACGAGAACCCAACGUUCAAGCAGUCCCUGAAGUUGCCUUACCUGCAGGCCGUCAUCAAGGAGGCGCUCCGAAUGCAUCCUGCGACCGGCCUGCCCAUUGAGCGCGAGGUUCCCGAAGGCGGUGCCACGAUUGCCGGCCGCUACUUUCCCCAGGGUACCAUAGUUGCCGUCAGCCUAUGGGUUGUGCACCGCGACCGCAGCGUCUUCGGAGAGGACGCCGACGAAUUCAAGCCUGAGCGCUGGCUAGAAAGUGACGCUGAAACGAUGUCUCUCAUGAAUCGCUUCUGGAUGCCGUUCGGUACCGGUUCCCGAAGCUGCAUAGGCAAAAACAUCGCCAUGCUCGAGAUGUCCAAGCUUAUGCCCGUGCUGGUGCGCGAUUUUGACUUCUCUCUGCCCGAAGAUUCCAGCGCCAAGGAGUGGGACACUCAAGGCUGUAUCUUCAUUAGGCCUGCCUCCUUUGACGUUUUGGUGCAGCCGAGGAGGAAGAAGGUCGAGAUUUGA